AGGAUGCCGUUUUUGGAAUGAAGGAGGAGGAGAAGGAGGAGAUGACCGUCACAGUGAAAGAAGAGGAAGACGUUUUUGGAGUUAAGGAGGAAGGGGAGAUUACUGUCACAUUGGAUGAGGAGGAAGAAGAAGAACAGAAGACUGGAGAUCUGAUUAACACCAGUAAAUACAGAGAGAGACCUGACUCUCACUCUGACAGCGGGAAGAGUCCUACAGCGGAACCAGACCCAGAGACGCCCAAACCAGCAGGACGACAUCACUGUUCCCAGUGUAAUAUGAGUUUUAAGUGGUUAUGGAAACUGAAAAUCCAUGAUAGAACACACACAGGAGAGAAGCCUUCCCAAUGUUCCCAGUGUGGAAAGGGUUUUACACGGUUAGGGAACCUGAAAAGGCAUGAGAGAACACACACAGGAGAGAAGCCUUUCCAAUGUUCCCAGUGUGGAAAGAGUUUUACACGGUUAGGGAGCCUGAAAGAACAUAAAAUAAUACACACAGGAGAGAAGCCUUUCCAAUGCUCCCAGUGUGGAAAGGGAUUCAGGUGGUUAGGAAACCUGAAAAAGCAUGAAACGAUACACAAAGGGGAGACAUCUUACCAUUGCUCUCUGUGUGGAAAGGAUUUUACCAAGUUAAGGAACCUAAUAAAACAUACAAAAUUACACACAGGAGAGAAGCCUUUCCAAUGUUCCCAGUGUGGGAAGGGUUUUACACGGUUAGGGAAUCUGAAGGACCAUAAGAGAAUACACACAGGAGAGAAGCCUUUCCAAUGUUCCCAGUGUGGAAAGAGUUUUACACGGUUACGGAGCCUGAAAGAACAUCAAUUAAUACACACAGGAGAGAAGCAUUUCCAAUGUUCCCUGUGUGGAAAGGGUUUUACCCUGUUAGGGAACCUGAAAAAGCAUGAGAGAACACACACAGGAGAGAAGCCUUUCCAAUGCUCCCAGUGUGGAAACAGUUUUACACAGUUAGGGAGCCUGAAGGUCCAUGAAAGGACACACACAGGGGAGACAUCUUACCAUUGUCCUCUGUGUGGAAAGAAUUUUACCAAGUUAGGGAACCUAAAAAAACAUAAACAAUUACACACAGGAGAGAAACCUUUUCAAUGCUCCCAGUGUGGAAAGGGUUUUACACGGUUAGGGAAUCUGAAAGAUCAUAAAAGAACACACACAGGAGAGAAGCCUUUCCAAUGCUCCCAGUGUGGAAACAGUUUUACACGGUUAGGGAACCUGAAAAAGCAUGAGAGAACACACAAAGGGGAGACAUCUUACCAUUGCUCUCUGUGUGGAAAGGAUUUUACCAAGUUAGGGAACCUAAAAAAACAUGAAAAAUUACACACAGGAAAGAAGCCUUUCCAAUGCUCCCAGUGUGGAAAGGGUUUUACACGGUUAGGGAACCUGAAGGACCAUAAAAGAAUACACACAAGAGAGAAGCCUUUUCAAUGUUCCCAGUGUAAAAAGGGUUUUACCCAGUUAGGGAACCUGAAAAGGCAUGAGAGAAUACACACAGGAGAGAAGUCUCUCCAUUGUUCCCAGUGUGGAAAGGGUUUUACCCAGUUAGGGAACCUGAAAAGGCAUGAGAGAAUACACACAGUCUUAACAACGACCCUAGGAGUUGGAAAUGGUUCGGAGAACAGAACAUAAAACCGCAUAAGAACAAAAAAUAUUGAGGAACAGAAACAGAACCGGGAAAGAAAGCAUUGUCACUCGUUAAUUAGUGGUCCUCUGUAGCUCAGCUGGUAGAGCACGGCGUUUGUAACGCCAAGGUAGUGGGUUCGAUCCC